CCAUCGGUGUCACACUUGUCUAUGAAAACUAAAACAAAUGAAAUCAAAUUGCCAUUGCUAUCCUAUCAAAGUAUUGUACGAAGUGCUGUGUAUAAUUUUGAAAAGUGGAUAGUUAUCAUUGCGUGUUUAAGUGUAAAGUGAAAUAUUUUAUUUUAAUCCUUUUAAAGCUUUCUUCUAUCGAUUAAGUGUACAUCUCAGUGGCAAGUAAUAAUAAAAACAAACCGCAUUGUUAAACUGUUUAUCACCAUUGACGGAUGUCCUUGUAGAUUUUGCAAGAAGUGAAGUGGCGGUAAAUUUGACUUUUUAUAUGAUUUAUUGUUUUAUCAUGUAGUUAUUGCUACAGUACACAUACGUAAUGGGUAGUCCGGAAGAAAAUGUGAUUGCUUGUGAAAGCAACGUGGUUGACAAUGCUGAUAAUGAAACAGCUGGUGAGAUAUCGGAAAGUGAACUAGGCGAUAUUACCGAGACAUCAUCAAAUGUUAACGAGACCAGUGCUUUAAACUCGUGCGAUGCAAACACUUCCAAAGAAGGUGAUGUUUCGGGUGUGGGUACUUCAAAAAAGACGAAAAAGAAAUUUCGGCACGGCAAAAAGGGUCAUACACCUGCCAAGGAUAACCCUGAUAGGAGUACCAUACGGCGUGUGAACUACAUUUCUACAAAAUUUAAACAAGGGAGGAAGAGAGCUCAGAGCUUUCCAUCAAUCUCUAAGUUUUUCCUACCACAUAAGAGACCACGCAAAGAAGCUUUUAUACCACCUACUAAAUUCUUGCUUGGUGGAAAUAUAUCAGAUCCUCUUAACUUGAAUAGUCUUCAGGAUGAGGAUAUCAAUAGAGCUAUGAAUGCUGUUACUCCAGAAUCUUCACCUUUACCCACUCCACCUAGGCAUAAGGCUAAGAUUGAUGUAAUUAUUCCUCCAAACAUAAGGGAUCCAUUGAAUUUAAUGGAACCAUUAGAUAAUGAGGAGUAUGAGAAGAGACUAGAGAUGCAGCAACGGAAGCCACGCAAGAAGGCAAGGCUAAGGCGACGUACAACUGACAACUCAUCUCCAGUUACUGAGGAGCCUCCUGAAGUAGUAGAGGAAGGGAUCAAAGAGCCUCCACCUCCGGAACCAUCCACAUCUGCAUGUAAGUCACGCAAAAGAUCUUGUAGUGACAGUGAUAAUAAUUCUCAGAAAGUCAAAGAUCCGAAGAAGUUGCGUAGGAUGGAUUCAUUAGAUAAAAUAGUAAGUCCAGUAGUGCCUCAACCGGGAGCAUGGAUGCGAGCGCGACCUCAACAGCGGACAGCGCCGCCAGAGCGCCCUGCGUCACCACAUCGCACUAAACUGAAGAGUAUUUCCGAUGAAGACCAGAAGCUUCCAACAUUUCACCCUAAAAAUUCAAGAUAUCAGUAUGGAAAUUAUGACAGGUAUUAUGGUUACCGAAACUUAAAUGCUAUGAUGGAUAUUCGGUUGCAAGUAUUUGAGAUGCACAGGCAUCUCUUCCAGAACAAAGAUGUACUGGACAUUGGAUGUAAUGUUGGCCACAUUUCAAUAGCGGUGGCACGGACGCUGGGGGCCCGGUCAGUUGUGGGGAUGGACAUUGAUCCAGUGCUCAUAGGGAGAGCAAGGAAGAAUCUAAGGUCCUUCAUUCCAGUUCCAGUCGAACCAAAGAGGGAUGACGACAAGAAAAUAGACUUGGACGACGAUAAAAAAGGAGAUUGUGAUAAAUGUAAGGAAGAGAAGUGUGAAGACUGUUGCAUUGAUCAGAAACUCGAUAAGCACGAAGACUUGAAAAAGGUCCUUCCAGGGAGAAAGAUACGGAGACCUCGAAAGAAUAGGAAGGCAGUUCAGAAACAAGAGCAUGGCCAAUGUUUCUUCCCUAUGUCGAUGUCCAUGUUGUAUGGGCCCCUUGGCGACUCGACUGCAGAAGUCACGCCGCCUGUUUUCCCCUACAAUGUUACGUUUAAGCAGGGGAAUUAUGUUCCUCGCGAGGAAGUUGCGGUCGGAAGCGGCCCUGACAGUCCUCAGUUUGAUCUGAUCCUGUGCCUAUCUACCACCAAGUGGAUGCAUUUAAAUUGGGGCGACGCGGGCCUCAAGCGUGCCUUCCGAAAAAUGUUUGCAGAUCUACGCCCCGGCGGGAAACUGGUGCUAGAAGCUCAAAACUGGGCUAGUUAUAAGAAAAAGAAGCGUCUAACGCCUACAAUAUAUGAAAACUUCAACUCGAUUGAGCUAUUCCCGAACAAAUUUCGAGAUUACUUACUGUCACCCGAAGUCGGAUUCAGCAAGUGUUGCAUACUGGGUGUUCCUCAGCAUGCGAGCAAAGGUUUCCGGCGACCGAUACAACUGUACGUGAAAGGAGACUUCACGCCGAGUAAGGCGCGCUGGUCGGACGCGUACGCUCCGUCGUCGCACCAUCGGCCCGAGGCCGAGCCCCCGCGCCGCACGGUGUACGCGCCCGUGGCGCCCGCUUACCGGCCCAGUGAUGACGCGCCUUCCUGCGGUGCUGCGACGCCGUACUCUCCGAAUCUGGAUUGCUCCGCUGAUGAUUCGCCCUUUUACAACCCUCGUAGCGAUUCAUAUGCGCCUUCGUACCAGCCCCCGCGGCCCACAGUGUACGCGACGCUGCCGUCUCCGCUGGGCAGCGCGUCCCCGGCCGCAUCGCCCGCGGCCUCGCCAGCCCCGCAUGCUUCCCCGGCGCCGGAUCCACUAUCUGCUCGUGGUUUCCCUGAGCCGCGACCGCACGACGAUAAGUCACCGCAGAGCGGUGCAUUUGUUUAAGUUUAGAAGUGACCGGAACUUAUAAAUGUGAUAUUAAUCACUAAUUUUGAGGUUAGGACUGUCUGUGAACUCUAAAGAGUAUACAAACAUUCAUGCACCAGCUCGGGACCUGGUUGGCACGAAUCUUAACCUGAGCACGCGAGCCUUUACUGACUGUUUUCACGAUAACAUGCAUAAUAAGUAACCGGUGUAAUCAGAGUGUCGGCAGGCACGGGAUAUUGCUGGCACUCAUUUUUAGAUUUGUAAUGUCCUCCCGCCUUUCAUAUUUCUAUGUAAAUAUCGAUUAGAACCCAUAGGAUUAUGUUUCGAUAGGCUGAAAGUAUUUUAUAAUAUUAUAACCGCACAUUAAUCUAUUUUGGUGUUUUUAUUUCACCCAACUGCGUACCCGUGAAGUACAGCAACUUUGUUUUGUAUAGGCCUAGUAUAUAAAUGGCACAUCUUGUAAUUAUCCAAAAUCAUAGAUUUCCCAUAAAGUUAUUAUUACAGUAUGCAUUAUAAUUUGUAAGUAAAGUAGCUGUAUCCAAAAAGAAGUGGACAAUAAAGAACAAUCUAUGCCAAUCUUGGAAUAAUUGUAUUGAUAACAUGUUGUGUUUUAUUUAUGUAAUGUUACAUGAAGG